GAUUCCAAUUUUUGCUGGAAUGUCCCUUUAAUUUAAAAAAAAAUAUAUAUAAAUGAAAUAUUCUUCAAAAUCCUGAUAAAACCCAUUUCUGUUGAGCUCAAGGAAUCCUACUGAAAAUUUAGACGAGGUUUUGAUUGGAACUUUCCAAUCACUGCUCUCAGAAUGAUUUGCAUAAUAAUUAUUAUGCAAGUGAACUCCUAUCCACAUGCGUAAUAGGGCAAUAAAUUUGUGCAUGCACAGUGCCACAGGGUCAACUCCAACAUCCUUAUUGAUUGCCAAUCACAUGAGUGCUCUGGCAGGAUGGAUGAAAACUCUCAAUGCCGCUGACAUUAGUGUAUGGUGAUGAAGGCAAUGCGCUUGCUCCCGCGAUCUAGGUAUCCCUCCGAGGGCUUGGGAGAAAAAAAAAAUUCAAUACAUUUUUUUGUAAAAACUAAAAAAAAAAAAAAAAAAAAAAGAAUGCAGGUGAAUUAGGUAUUUUUAAGGUACAUUUUUUUAAAAUCUGUGUUUAAUUAAAUGUAUCAGUGUCAUUGUAUUUACCAAUAUAGAAAUAAUUAAUUGCUAUUACGCUCAUCGUUACCUGCUAUUAACUUCUGUAUAAUAUCAUUUGACGUAAGCAUGUGGUCUUGUUUGCAAAGUCUUCCUUUUCACUGUGUGGUCUGUUAUGGUGUAAUCAGGCUUUGAGUAAUAGGGGUGGGGCUUCACAAGUUCUCAUAACAAUCAGCACAGACAGGCAAGCUACUCAUAUCUAAAAUGAUGGAGCAUUAGGAUCACCCUUAGAAUUUGUUUUUGGAUUUAUAAGCACAGCAGAAUGAUUCAAUUAUUCAGUCUGAAUGAUCUGGCCGUAAGACUAGAAAGCACCUAUCAGAAUCGGACACGCUACAUGGUGGUUGUUUCAACAAAUGGAAGACAAGAUACUGAAGAGAGCAUUGUAUUGGGGAUGGAUUUUGCAUAUAAUGAUAGCAGCACGUGUACUAUUGGCCUUGUACUACCCCUGUGGAGUGACACUCUUAUCCAUCUGGAUGGAGAUGGAGGGUUCAGCGUUUCAACCGAUAACAGAGUUCACAUAUUCAAACCUGUUUCUGUACAAGCUAUGUGGUCAGCCCUGCAGAGUUUACAUAAAGCCUGUGAGGUAGCCCGAUCCAGUAAUUAUUACCCAGGCAGCCUUUUUCUAACAUGGGUUAGUUAUUAUGAGAGUCAAAUCAACUCUGACCAGACAUCCGUCAAUGAAUGGAAUGCCAUGCAAGAUGUGCAGUCCCAUCGCUCGGAUUCACCGGUGCUCUUUACUGAUGUCCCAACAGAGCUUGAGCGUACAGAACGUUUAAUAAAGGUGAAGCUGAGAGAGAUCAUGAUGCAGAGAGACCUGGAAAAUAUCACAUCUAAAGAGAUUCGGACAGAGCUUGAAAUGCAGAUGGCUUGUAAUCUGAGAGAGUUUAAGGAAUUUAUUGACAAUGAGAUGAUUAUUAUCUUGGGACAGAUGGACAGCCCUACAGAAAUUUUUGACCAUGUGUACCUGGGCUCAGAGUGGAAUGCCUCCAAUCUAGAAGACUUGCAAAACAGAGGAGUGAGGUACAUCUUGAAUGUGACACGAGAAAUCGAUAACUUUUUCCCUGGAGUAUUUGAAUAUCACAAUAUUCGCGUGUAUGACGAGGAGGGCACAGAUCUGCUGGCAUAUUGGAAUGAUACCUACAAAUUCAUCUCUAAGGCAAAGAAGCAUGGAGCUAAAUGUCUUGUGCACUGUAAAAUGGGUGUGAGCCGCUCGGCCUCCACUGUAAUUGCCUAUGCUAUGAAGGAAUACGGCUGGAACCUGGACAGGGCCUUUGACUAUGUGAAGGAGCGACGUACAGUGACCAAGCCUAACCCUAGUUUCAUGAGGCAGCUUGAGGAAUAUCAGGGCAUUUUGCUAGCAAGCAAGCAGAGGCACAACAAGCUGUGGCGGUCACAUUCAGACAGCGACCUUUCAGAUCAUCAUGAGCAAAUUGGGAAAACAGGAAUGGAUCUGAGCAAAAAGGAUAUCACCUCUUCAGCAGAGCAGCUUACUGACAUGCACCAUUCUUUUUCCUUGGAUCCUGAAAUGGAGAACUGCAACCCUGAAACCCCCAACAGCGACACCUUGUUCAACAAGACCCAUGGGCACUUUGAGUUCACAUCAUGCGACUUUCACACUGGACAAAUAGAAGAUAUUUUAAACUUAAAUACCAUGAACGGGUGUCCAUCACGGUGCUGUUCAGAUGAGCCCUCGCUAUUUCUUGAUAACUGUAGAAUGGAAAGACCCACAAAGGGUUUACGUCCAUUACAAGAAUCGUUCAAUAUUCGAUCAGAGCUUCCUGGCUUAACACUGGAGGACAUGGAGAAGGACGCAUUAAAAAAUGAUGUAAACUGUCCGCUGUCGCCACUAGAAGAAUUUGAUUUACACUUGCAAAACCCUCUAGAGUCUCCUGAUGAAAUACCCCUUACAUCACAAUCUCAAAAUCCUAGUACAGACAGGAUUGAUUUCCAUAGUGCACUGGAAAAGUUUGUGGAACUCUCUCAGGAGAAUCGUUCACGAUCAUCUUCCACUACUCGAACUGAUGAACUAACAGGCAGUGUGAGGAAUGGUACCUUAAAAAGUUCCUGGUUGGAAGCACCAAUCUGUGAGAGCCUUGUAGACAACCAGAGGAUUAAUUCUGAUGAAAACACCUCUCAGGCUUCUGAGGACUCCUCUACAGAUGAGGAACAGCCAAAGGAACUUACAGUACAGAUUGUUCAAGAUCUUUCCAAGACACACUCUGAAAAUUCAAUAUCUGUAAAGGAGAUAAUUACAGAGCUAGAGUCCUUUAAUCAAGGAGCAGGUCAGUGCCAACAAAAAACAGACAAUCUGUCUAGCCAAGCACAAACACCAAAGAGAAAUACAAUCCACGAGCUGCCACUUGAGUCAGCCUGGGAGCAUGAAAGCUGCAAGCUGGAACAGAAUGAAGGAAACCAUGUGCUGCAACAUGAAAGAGACUCUAAACUCACAAGUCACGAUGAGAAGCAGGCUUCUCAAGAAGAUUGUGACUUAUCAAAUGUAGCAAAUGACCAUCAGGAGCUGUUGGAACAGGCAGCCAAAUGGUGUGCCGGUUCAGUCCGGAGAGCAACAAUGGAAUUUGAAGAGCGCUUAAGGCUAGAACAAGAACAGCAAAACUCUGCGCCUGUGCCAAUACGAAAGAACUCGAAGAACGACUCUGUCACUUGUGAUGCUGCACCUAAGGGAAAGCUUGAAGAGACUGCACUUGACACACUACAUGGAGAGCAAGAUAGAGAACGAAAAGUUAGAGUAAAAAUAACAGAGUCUGAGGCUACAGAACCUUCUAAAGCUGAGCCUUCUGCAGAUUUACUAUCAUCUCCAUUAUCUGAGCCCCAGUCUGUACAAUUCAGACACGAAUGCCCUUUUUCAGAAGUUUCAAUCAAACAUAAAGGAGUGACUAAAGAGCACAGGACGCUUCUUACAUUUGAAGACUCCGAAAGAGAGGCAGAGCCAAAACAACUUCCAAAGAGAAUAGAAAUUAUAGAAUAUAACCUUGGUAUUAAGUCUCCAGAUAACAAUGACAAUGAUAUUUCCCCUCUUGGGACUGGCAGUAGUAGUGACUUAAUUUUAGAGAAAAAGACUAUUUGCUCAGAAGCACCUUUUAAAGACAUUUGUUCAGAUUUUUCUCCUAUAGAAGACUCAACUUUGCCCAGAUCCUUUGUUAUUGGGAGCCCUAAAGAAGCACAGAGUAGUUUGAUGAGCCCAGACAGUUCUCCUUUAAUAACUCCCGCAGCAUGUUUACCUUCAAUUAAUCCUGACAUCCAGGCUAACCAGUGCUCCUUUACAGUUGAGGGCGUAACAGAAGCAUCCUCCAGUACAGAUAUGAAUCUAGUUGGUUUGUUCUCUUGCACUGACAAAUAUGUUCCUGAUGCAUUUGGGGACCUUGGUGAAAUGAUGCAAAGGGGAAGUGACAGUGCCUUGUCCCAGCUGAGCAGCGAAGAUCUUUUUUUAAUUAAUAAGCUGACAGAAAAUAUACGUGAGCUACAUGAAGUAUUGGACAUUUCUUCAUUUUCUUUUGGCCUUCCCCACAGCUCAAGUAGUGACAGCAUAAAAGACUUAGGUAGUAACCCUGGUGUUGUUAAGCAGCGCGCUAAAGAAAUUGAGGCACGGAUUCGGCAAGCUGGCCUCACCACUCCGUCCCAGAUGAAACGUUCUGCCUCUUUAGCUAAGUUGGGCUGUUUAGAGCUCUCUAAAGAUGAUUUAUCAGAGAGAGAAUCUGUCUCGUCCGAUAAUAACCAAACAUACCCAGAGCUACUUCAGACCUCCAUGCAAAAUGUACCAGGAAAUUAUAUAGUAACACCAGAGACCAGUUCAGACGACCCACCAGAAAAACGGUGCAUCAUCUCUAUACAAGCUUCCUCGGGACCUGAACCUACUAAACAUUUUGUAGAACAGAUAAAAACUUCAGAGUGCAUAGUGCAAAGCAAACCAGUGGAAAAGCCUCUUGUGCAGUAUGCCAAAGAGUUUGGUUCAACUCAGCAGGAUUUAUCUCUAAGAACAGAAUCUGAAUUAAUGGUCUCCAAGGGGAACCUACAAUCAUUGGUACCCACUGCUUCAGACGCACUGGUAACUAUACCCUUCAGGCAUCAACAUGGUAGAACUCAUCCUCUGAGGAGACUUAAAAAGACCAAUGAGAAGAAGAGGACAACAAACCCCUUAUACAAUACCAUGUGAUCUUAGGACUUUUAUUUUGUGUUGUCAUUCUCCUAAAGGGGCAGGUGUAAUAUGUGAGGAACGUGCACUUUAUUGGUUAAUUUUAUAUAUUUUGACAUAUUAUUUUACUGUUCCUGAUGCAUGUAGAUUUGGAGUCCCUAUCUCUUUCCCAUUUUGUAAGUAGUUCCUGACUGCACACAUUUAAGUUAGUGUAAAUAUAUAAAUAUAGACAGACUUGUUUUGUUUUUUGUUGGUUGUUUUUUUAAACUAUGAAAACCUCAAAUUUUGUUUUAAGAUGCAUUGUUUUACAAGCAAACCUACAGGUAACUUGGACUCUCCUUUGGCCUUGUUGCCUGUUUGGUAAUUCUAAGCUGUGGGUGCUUGGCACAUUCAAAUGCAAUGGAUCUCAGUCCUCGAAACUGAAAGAGGCAAACCUAUGUCCUUGUCAGAAGGCAGAAUGUUUUUUGUUCCUUACAACAACUGUGAACAUGUAGUAUAGGACACUUGAGAUUAAUUGCUUGUCUUGCUGGUGCUGCACAAAGCAGUUGCCAUCUGUUCCUCGGUUGUACAGAACAAUCCCACCUAAAGCUGUGCUAGUUGUUAUUUUAGAAUUAUUGUUUUUAUGCUUUUUAAAAGUCAUUUUUUAAAUAAUUCACGUUCUAUCCGUGGAUAAAAUAAUUGUUUGCAUUCUGCACCUAAUGCCUUUUUGGGGUCAGAAGAUCUAAGGGCAGCUCAUUUUACUAUCAGUGAAUUUGGACUAAAAUCCAUAAAGCCAAUGGCCUAUUGAUUUCCCAUUACCUUAUUGCAGCCUUCAUAUAUUAAGCAAGAGAGGGGUUUGGUCCAAUUAGUGUGAAAUACAUCAUGGGAUAUAUCCACUGCUUUGUCAGCACUGAUAUUCUGUACAUCAUUUUGGAAAUAUUUAAAGAAAUCAGGGUGUGGGUUUGGUCUCAGGUCUUUAAAAGAAGAGAGCACUCUGAAUAAUUACACUGUCCUUGGCUGUGAUAACAUUUCUGGCCCAUUCCAACUAUAAUCUCUUUACAUUGAAGCCUUAAUAACAUUCAUUUAUUUAUUAUUAUUUGUUCAAAUUGGUGUAUGUUACUUUCUAGGUCUGCAUUGCUGCUUAUCUUGUGAUAAGUGGCUCCAGCAAUGUAAAGUGUAAACAGGUGACAAUAUUGUAGUCGGAAAAGCAAAUCUAUGUUAGAAUGUGUAAUCUAAGAUCUAUCUCGUAGGGUUUAACCCUUCAGUACUUGAAUACUGCAGUGGUCCUUCAGAGUUUAUGGCCAUAAUAUAUGUUUGCCUUGUACUUCUUUGUUUACUGACCCAUGGUUCCCCCGUCUCCCACAUUUUAUCCUGAAGAACCUCUCCACUCAAUGCUGCCUAUUUGUUCUAACCUAAGGACAUUUAAAUGUUACACAGUGUGUGUGUGUGUGUGUGUGUGUGUGCGCUUGUAAUUUGAUGGAAAGGUGGUUCAAAGUGUUUGUUGGGCUUCCUGGAUCUGUUCUCUGCCUCUCAAAUUAUAUACAUGUGUGUAUGUGUGUGUAUAUAUAUAUAUAUAUAUAUAUAUAUAUGUUAUGUGUGUAUAUAUAUAUAUAUAUAUAUAUAUAUAUAUAUACACUGUAUAUCUAUUUUGAGAUUUUGGGGGUUUAAAGGCUAAUUGCUGCAAACUGGAAAUACUCCAAUUUUGUGAUUUUAAAAUUUGUACAUUUCCUUCUAUUGUAUGUUUUAUUUUGCUGCUAUGCUCACUGUGCAGAAGGAUUUCUAAUAUAUUUGGAAUCUACGAUCCAUGAUAUUAAAAAGCAGUCCUGUCCCAGCUAGUAAGUGAAUUCUGAAAAUCACUUAGAGUUGUUGGUCAGGCUGUAUUCAUAUAUUUCCCAUUUUUAUGAGCCUUCUCUGCUGUGACUUAGUAAGCACAAAGGUUUCUAUAAUGUUGCACAUUGUUCCAAAAUCACUGGGCAGAGUAUAUCUUACAGUAUGUGUACAGCUGAAAUUAAAUUACUCCAUGGUUGCUCUCCUAUUGCUGCAAUAAAAAGCCAAUCGAGAACAAGUUCUCAGUUAUAAUGCAGUUCCUAUUAAUUUAUUAACGGGACACGAAACCCCAAAUGUUUCUUUCAUGACUUAGUUGGAACAUACAAUCUUAAACAACUUUCCAAUUUAUUUUUUAUCAAUUUUGCUUCAUUCUCUUAUUAUCCUUUAAAGAAGGAGCAGCAAUGCACUACUGGGAGCUAGCUGAACACAUCGGUAAGCCAAUGACAAGAGGCAUAUGUGAUCCAGCUCCUGAGCCUACCUAGGUAUGCUUUUCAACAAAGAUACCAAUAGAAUGGAGCAAAUUAGAUAAUAGAAGUCAAUUGGAAAGUUGUUUAAAAUUGCACGCUCUAUCUGACUCAUAAAGAAAAUAUUUGCAUUUUAUGUCCCUUUAAUUUGUAUUGUGCAUUGUGUAGUUACAUAUUGCCAUUACUAAACUGUAAUUGAAAUGCAGUAUCACAUUCUGAAGGUUAAAAAAGAAGAGUUUUUAUUUGCAAAUCGAGUGAUCAAGGAUACAAAAAAUGAUUACUUGACCGUUCAUUGCUGUGUUCAAUCCUAAUCAAGCUGCAUAAACAGCUUGUGUGUGAGCCAUAGAGUAAGUUACUUUUCGUGGUCCUGUCUUGCUGUUUUCACCUAAGUGAUGUUGUCUUAUUGAUGUAAUUGAUGGCGGCUGUGCGGAACCGAAUUCUGACUUCAUGCAGGUUUGCUCUAUACAGAAAAAGGAGCAUACCACAGAGACUCUCAAAGCAGCUCUUUUCUUGUCAUGUUUUGUUUUGUAUAAUGAAAAAUCCACUAAAUUGUUUUUUUUAAGGGCAUUUUUGUACAAAAUCUGUUCUUUGGUCUUUUACAGAAAUACUGUGGUUGAGGAAAAUUAUUGUUUACAAUGUGAAUAUUAAACCUGAACAAACAAAAAAACAAAAAUAA